AUGUUGUUCUUUCAAUUAAUCUUCACAAUCAUAUCUUACAUAUCAUUCAUAAAUACUAUCUUAGAUGAUGAUAUUAUUUAUGAUAUUAAAUGGCAAUCCGAAUUAAAUUCACCAAUUGAAUUGAAAAAUAAUUUUAUUAUUACAUCACAACGAAAAGAAAAAUAUUCAUGUAUUUUACCAAUACUUCAAACAACAGAUACAAAAUCAACAGAAACUAUUUUAUUAAGUGAUAUUGAACCAUUAAUAGAAAAAUUACAUUCAAAAAAGUUAUGUACUUAUCGAUUAGAUCCAUAUUGGACUUAUGAAUUAUGUCAUGGAAUACAUAUUCGACAAUAUCAUGAAAAUAAAAUAGCUGAUAAAAGAGUUAUUCAUCAAGAAUAUUUUCUUGGUUAUUAUCAUUCAAAUAAUCAAGAUAUAAUUACAAAUACUGAUAAUGAACAAGUAUUAAAGAUUCAUCAUAAAACUGUUAAUAAUCGAAUAAUACCAAUGUUACCAAUUCGAUAUACAGAUGGUACAGCAUGUGAUAUUAAUUCAAAUAAACCACGUGAAGUACUUGUUUUCUAUGUAUGUUAUGAAAAUGGUAACAAUGGUGUAAUUAAUUUUCAAGAAGUUUCAUCAUGUCAAUAUGAAAUGACUGUUGCUUCAGCAUGGAUUUGUGAAUUACCAGAAUUCAAUCCAGCAGAAUCAAAUCGACAUACAAUAAAUUGUUAUCCACAAGAAAAUGCUCCUCAAAAACCAAGAAAUUUAAAAAAACUUGAAUAUGAACAACAACAAUUAAUAUCAAGAACAGGUGAAGGUGCACAAUUUACUAUGACAAGUGCCGAUGGAACAACAUUUAUUAUUUCAUAUAGAUAUGUAAAUGAUGAUGAAAUUAAAGAUUUACCUAAUACAGACAAUAAUGAUAUGACAAAUGAUGUAACAUCAUCAAGUCCAUCGGAAAAUGAUCAACAAUCAUCUCAUGAAACUAUUCUUGAAUUUAUUGAAGGAUUUUUUUCUGGUCAAGAAUGUUUAACAGGUGGAUCAGGUUGGUGGCGAUAUGAAAUAUGUUAUGGAAAACAUGUUAUUCAAUUUCAUGAAGAAUCAGAAACACAAACAAUUAUUGUACUAGGUACAUGGAAUCAUGAAAAACAUAUUGAAUGGAUAAAUACAAAUACAAAAAAAAAAUCUGAUAGAUAUAUUAAAGAACGACAAUAUGUAUCAUUGUAUUAUGGUGAUGGAGAUAUAUGUGAAAUGACUAAUAUGCCACGUGUUGUUGAAGUUAAAUUAAGAUGUUUAAUAAGAGAAGAUAAGUCUCAUAUGCCAACAAUGUAUCUUGUUGAACCAGAAAGUUGUUUUUAUAUAUUAGGAAUUGAAUCUUCAGCAUUUUGUGAUUUACUUGAUUAUACAGAUGAAAAUGGUAUUCCUGAUCUCGAUAAACUGAUGACACAUUUUCAAGACCAAUAA